AUGCAAAAUAAGUCACUGUUAACAUAUUUGGCAUGUGCUAUAUUAUUAGCCGCAUGCGCAUUCUUUAUUGCAAGUAACGCAAGUCCUACAUGGGGAACACUAACAAUAAAUGCUGUUAAAACCAGUUCUGGAUUAUGGCAAUCAUGUAUGGGUGGUCGUUGCGAUGCUAUACCGAAUUCAUGUUCAAAGUUAGUAGGGAUGGCAAAAAGUUCAUGUGAUAAAGUAUUGGCAACACGAGCAUUUAUAACAAUGGCGUGCAUUACAUCAGCAAUUGGUUUUAUUUGUUUAUUAGCUCUAGCUGCUUUUAUUAAGAAUUCACAAACCUUAUGUUACGUUUGUGUAGCUUUAGCUGUAUUAUCAUUUAUAUUUGGUUUAAUUGGUUUUAGUCUGGGUGUAGACAGAUAUGUAACGAAACCGUUCAAAAUAGGUGCUGCUGCCAUAUGUGGAUUAAUUGGUUGGAUUUUAAGUUUAGCAAGUGCAGUAUGUUCAAUUCUUAUCAUAAAAAGUACACAACCAGCAUAA